UUUCCACGCGCAGCCUUCCUUAGCUUCUUGGGUGACUGGCGACCGCGGACGCGUCGGGCACACGAACACGGCCGGUGCAGAGAUGUGCGAUUUCGACAGGACACUGUCGUCUUACUCUCUGACACAGCUAAAUGAGUUGCUCGAGGACGAUGAGAAGCUCUAUAAAAUUGUCACGGAGCUGGAGGAGGUGCAGCAGGUGCAGCAGGUGAAGGAGGUAACCCUGGCCAACAACCGGACUCUGGCUGAACAGAAUCUUCAACUUCAGCCCACACUGGACCAGCAGAAGAAUGAGCUCACCAAACGAUACCGGGAGCUGCGGGACGCAUUUGAAGCUUAUCAGCUCCGCAAGUCUACCUUAGACCAGAGCGCCGGAAAUGGCUCCCUGGACACCCUACUGGCUCUGCUGCAGACUGAAGGGGCCAAGAUCGAAGAAGAGACAGAGAACAUGGCCGACUCCUUUUUGGACGGUGACGUGUCUCUGGACUCCUUCAUCGACAGCUACCAGAGCAAAAGGAGGCUGGCGCAUCUGCGCCGAGUGAAGAUCGAGAAGCUGCAGGAGAUGGUUAUGAAAGGCCAGCAGCUUCCCCAAACUGCCCCGACCACCACCCCUCUUUCCAACCUCCCAGAAACCCCGGCUCCACUUGCCGAGGCUCGAGGCCCCCCAACUCCCCUCCCCAGGAGGGCACCUCCGCCUCCUCCAGCAGCCCAAGCUGUCCCAACUCCAGUUCAGGUUCCAGCUCCCCAACCCAUGGCUGUCCCCUACCCAGCUGUCCCCUACCCAGCUGUCCCAUACCUGUCUGCCCCCCCCAGGAUGGGCCGACCCAUGCCAGGCCAAGUGCCGGGCCAAAUCCCAGGCUAUCCCAACCCCUUCCUCCCCCAGUAUCCCCCUGGCCUUCCCCAGCGGCCCCCUCCUCGUAUGGCUCCACAGCCAGGCUUUAUUGUGCAGUAAUUUGGUGGAUGGAGUUGGGAUCCGUUCAUGCCUACCCCCCCCCCACACACACCUUCACAAGCCCUGUCUCCAGCUGCAUUCAAGGUGCAAUACACCAACGCACAACAGGACUGUGUGCUCAUGUUUCUCUCAGUAGCUGUUAGCAUGGACACUCACUUAAUGCAACUUAACCUUUUGGCAGGGAAGUAGACUUUGUUAUUCUUUUUAAUCCAGUCAAGCAGGGUGACUGAUCAUCUGUUUCUUAAUUUUAGAAUUUAUUUAGUGGUUGCAUCUAGUCCAGAAAGUACUUCUUUACAGAAAUCACUUAGUAAGGUUUUCUGGCUUAUUCACUGUGUGGUGAAGUUUUUUUUUAUGUUCUCUGCGUGGAAUAUUAAACAAGCAUUAAUGUAGCCCUGCAGACUGGAGAUUCAGCAAAUAUCAGGACUCAUAGACAUGGUACAUAUGCAAGAAAAAUACUGACAGAACUACUGUUUUACAAAAAUCCAACUAACUUUUUAUUGUAAGCAUUAUUUUGGUGGGUAGUCAAAACAUCAGGUUUGUUGCAACCUGCAACCAAAGAUGUUAAUUCUCUCCUCGCUCUGUACUUCUGUUGUGUUUAUGUAUAUAGAGUAGGAAUACUAUAUAGAGAUCCUUCCCGAUAAAUAAAAUCUUGGUUUUGUAGUUGUUCGGUGGAGUUGGGAGUUAGGAAUUAUUGCUAUAUUUAUGAAAAUUCACUCCACGUCCCUCAAACAUAAUGAGGAAAAUGACAUUAAAUGUGUCCCUGACAAAUGUUAAAUUAUCUGUCAUCUGGCCUGUCAAAAUGGCAUCUGAGAUGUCAGUCUUCCAUUAUUGACACCUAGGACUGUUUGGUGGGGCUGCCGUGGAUGACCUCUUGGCCUUUGUCAGUCAUUUGCUAGCACUAUUCCACAAUUGCAAGGUUUUGGAAAGAUAAUGUUCAAUAUAUGUUGCAGUUUCAAAAUACUUUUGGAGAUUGUCAUGGUAUUUCUGGAUCCCUCCCACUUGCUACUCUGCCCAAAUCCCAGGUUGUACCUUAUUAACUUGCAGUGGUUGAUGUAACGCACCCCACUCUAAGCCUGGGCUGCUGGUAACGCCAUGUGCAGGGAAGGACUUAUUCAUAUCACAAAUCAAGUCUUGGAAGUUUCAUUUGAGCUGCAAUAUUUUUUUGUGUGUGUAUAAGGUAUUUGGACUUGUAUCAAACUGUAAGAAAAUUGCACUUUGUUAACAUGUUGAUAAACCAUUAAUUUUUUUUUUUGCUGUUACUUUUCAGUUCAGUCAUAGUGGAAAACUCAUUUUGCGUAGAUCAGGUGACGGGAGGUGCAAGGUUUACUGGGUAAACAUACUGCCAUUUUCUCCUUGUUCAAGGUCAGACUGUUAGUCUGUUUUUGACCACAAACACUUUUGUUUCCACCCACCUGUUAGUUGCCACUUCAUAGACCCAGACCCAAACUCAGGGCAGUCAUAUGAGUACCUUUGUAAGCCUUAUUAGACAUGUUCUCUUUCCUGCAAGCACAAUGCUGACCAGCGACAUGCAUGCAGGUCUGCAGCUUCAAAGCCCCGCUCACUUUCUACCAUAUUCUCUAGCUUUUGUUGGUCAGAUGUUCUACAACAAGCAGAUGUGUUUCUUUACUGUUCAGCUGGUUUUUGUUCCCUUUGUUCUGUGCUGAAGUGGUAUGGAUGAUGAAUUUAACUGGAGAAACAGUGGUACCUUCAAAAAUCUAGGGAAAUAACAUUCUGCCAUUUAAUACAAUAUUAUACAUGAAUGACUGCCAAACUAAAACUGUAGUACCAGAAAUAUAGCUUUUUUGUGUUUUGAUGUUAAUUUUCUCGUGUUCCAUACACAAUUAUUACAACCCUAUUUUAUUAUAUAAACCCUCAUGUAUUGUAAACAAAUUCUGACACUCCUGUAAAAUAUGUUGAUCAGUAAUUCUGUAUUGUAUAACUAAGGAAAGAUGUAGUAAAACUCCUCCAGAAGUUACCUCUAUUUUUAAACCUUAAUCAAUAAAAUAGUUUUUAUACUUGA